CAGACACUUGAUCGACUGUGAGCAAACAUGGAGCUGGACAGCUUGAGGGGUCUGAGAGAGAAAUUCACACUUCGUCAUGCUAUCAUCAGAGAGUUUCUAGCGGAAUUCCUCGGGACAUUUGUGCUUAUACUUUUUGGCUGUGGCUCAGUGGCACAGGCUGUGCUCAGCAGAGGAGCUGUGGGUGAACCGCUCACCAUCCACAUUGGCUUCACCACAGGAUUGAUGCUAGCUGUCUAUGUGUCAGGAGGUGUAUCAGGAGGACAUGUAAACCCAGCUGUAUCUCUAGCCAUGGCAGUCUUAGGGAAGUUUCCCAUUAAGAAAUUUCCAGUGUAUGUGGCUGCCCAGUUCAUUGGUGGUUUUGCAGGCUCUUGUACAGUCUUUGGACUAUACUACGAUGCCCUCAUGGACUACUCCAAUGGAGAGCUGCUGGUCACAGGUGAAAAUGCCACCGCAAACAUCUUUGCCAGCUAUCCAGCAAAGCAUCUUUCAGUCCUUAAUGGGUUUUUUGAUCAGGUCGUUGCCACUGCAGCUUUAGUGCUGUGCAUCCUGGCCAUUGUGGACAAGAAAAACAUUGGAGCCCCUAAAGGAAUGGAGCCACUUCUCAUUGGUUUCACCAUCCUGGCCAUUGCAGUGGCCAUGGGUCUAAAUUGUGGCUAUCCCAUCAACCCUGCACGAGACUUGGGACCUCGUCUCUUUACUGCUGUGGCAGGCUGGGGGGUGGAGGUGUUCAGAGCCGGUGGUGGCUGGUGGUGGAUCCCAGUUGCUGGUCCAAUGGUGGGAGGGGUGUUGGGAGCGAUGAUCUACUACCUGCUGAUUGAGCUGCACCACCUGCCAGAGGAAAAGCAUGAGGAGAAGAGCAAUGUUAAGGACAAGUAUGAAAUGAUAACCAUGAGCUAGACAGAAGCCAAAUGGACUCUGUCUCUAAUUCAUCUCCAUCAUACUCCUAAUGAUGUAAGCUACAAUGAAGCAAUGCUAAAACCCUGAAUUAUAUAAAGAUAUUAUCCAGAUAUCAUUCAGGGAUUAAUGCCGCCUGCAAAUGCUCAUUAAAUAGUCUUAUCUGUCACUUAUAAACUCAUUAUUACUGAAUCCUUGUCACCAAUAUUGUUACCUAUUGUGAUCUAUUUUUCGUAUUUUCCUAAUAUUUUACUCCACUGUAUAUUUUUCACAGUAUAAACAAUGAUUGAGCAUGUAAACUAGUAUUUAUCACCAUAAUUUGCACUUACUAAUUAAAUAUUAAAAUAUGAUUACACAAGUUAGAUUCAGAGCAAAAUAAUUAUGUACCAUAAACCAGUGAAUUGUAUUCUACAGAAUAAUGUGGUAAAUUUCAAGCGUUUUGUGUGUGGGUGUGUGUGUGUGUGUGUGUGUGUGUGUGUGUGUGUGUUCGUAUGUGUGUGUGUGUGUUUCUAUGCUGUGUUAAAUGAAAUAGAACUGAGAUUCUGCCUGAGAUAAAUGAGAGGCCAUUGACCUCUAGAAAGACAUCAAAUGCUUUUCAACAGCAGCUAUAGUAAAGAGCUCAUAUGUUAUGCAACAUAUUAGACAAGAACUUUGAUUUCCCGUCUAAAAACAUCGAAAAAUAACAGGCUUCAAAGCGCAGUGUUAAACCAUAUAGUUAAAUUAUUUAAGUUAUUGUUGUGCUUAACAGUGUCCAAAUUGUGUGAGGGCCAUGUCCUCAACUCCUCUGACACAUGAAGAAGAAUUCACCAAUGCCUGCCUUCUCAUUUAAACAGUCUCUGUCUGAAUUCUUAGGCCUAAUUUGGCCCAAAAUUAUUUACAUUUAAACUCGGGUACAAUACUGUAUACUUUUGCCCUAUGUUUGCUGUUCUAAGGGUAUUUCACUGAUAAUAACUUGUAACU